GUCUCUCUUGCGUCUCGUCUCCCCGUUCGUCCCACGUGUGAAACUAAGUGUUCGUCUAUUACUUCUCUCACGCACAUCGCUACUACUUUAUCGUUUAGUUUGACGAAAUACUUUCAUCAUGGCAGUUCGCGUUCAAUUUGAAAAUAACAAUGAAGUCGGUGUUUUUGCAAAACUGACCAACGCUUAUUGCUUGGUUGCCAUCGGUGGAUCAGAAAAUUUCUACAGUGUUUUUGAAUCAGAGUUGUCUGACACUAUUCCAGUAAUUCACACAUCAGUUGCUGGCUGCAGGAUAAUUGGACGGUUGACAGUUGCUAACAGGCAUGGUCUACUGCUGCCAAACAGUACUACAGAUCAGGAAUUGCAACAUAUUCGCAACUCUUUACCAGAUUCUGUCAAAAUCCAGCGUGUUGAAGAACGUCUGUCUGCUUUAGGAAAUGUUAUUGCAUGCAAUGAUUAUGUUGCAUUGGUACAUCCAGAUUUAGAUAAAGAAACAGAGGAAGUUCUUGCAGAUACCUUAAAUGUUGAAGUCUUCCGUCAUACAAUUGCCGGCUCUGUCCUUACUGGUUCAUAUUGCGCUUUUUCUAACCAGGGUGGUAUUGUCCAUCCAAAAACAACUGUGGCAGAUCAAGAUGAACUCAGCUCUCUUCUGCAGGUGCCUCUAGUGGCAGGGACAGUUAACAGAGGUAGUGAUGUAAUUGGUGCCGGCUUAGUAGUGAAUGAUUGGUCGGCUUUUUGCGGAUUCGACACCACAGCCACGGAGAUUUCUGUUAUUGAAAACGUUUUCCGUUUGAAUGAAGCAAAUCAACCCAGCGUCAUUACCACAGACAUGAGAGAGUCGCUAAUUGAGACGCUGACAUAAUUCGGAAAAAUUGCAAAAAGGAUACCCAAAAAUAAUGUAUCAGAACAGUUGAAUAAACAAGUUUUG